AGAGACAAAGUCCACUUGAGUGGAAGUGGGAGCUGAGUGAAAGGAGCCAUUUUGGUUCUAUGAUCAAACGAAAUGGUCUGAAGCAGCCUGGGAGCCGGAGCAGCCAGGGUCUAAGGAUAACUCCUGGGACUAUGGUGGCCCUGAUUCUUCAGAGGACCCUGAGAUUUCUGCAUUCUGAGCAAUGUCAGAAUUUGUUCUUAAUUUGUUCUGAGACCCUUGCCCUAGAGGAUGGCCAAAGGGCUCCUGAUGACUUAUGUCCUCUGGGCUGUAGGGGGCCCUGCUGGACUCCACCACCUGUACCUGGGAAGGGAUAGUCAUGCCCUGCUCUGGAUGCUUACUCUGGGAGGUGGUGGGCUGGGCUGGCUCUGGGAGUUCUGGAAACUCCCAAGCUUUGUAGCUCAAGCCAACAGAGUACAGGUUCAGAAACAGAGGUCAGCAGAGGGCACACCUCCUCUGAGUAUCAUUCGCUUUUCUGCCCAGAUAAUAGUGGGCAUCUAUUUUGGCCUUGUGGCUCUGAUUAGCCUUUCUUUCAUGGCUAACUUUUAUAUUGUGGGCCUCCCACUGGCAGUUGGCUUAGGGGUCUUGCUGGUGGCUGCUGUUGGCAACCAGACCUCAGACUACAAGCACAUUUUAGGAGCAGCAUUCCUUAUUUCCCCUAUAUUCCAUGGCCGCCCGGUAGCCAUCCUGCCCAUCAGUUUGGCUGCCAGCAUCACAGCCCAGAAGCAUCGCCGCUACAAAGACUCAGUGGAGUCUGAGACACUCAGUGUGCGGCUCUACCGGCUGGGCUUGGCUUACCUCGCCUUCACUGGCCCACUGACAUACAGCGCACUGUGCCGUACUGCCGACACCAUCGGCUGUGUGGCAGAAAUCCUUGGUUCCUUCUUGAGUUGGUUCAGCUUUUUCCCCCUUCUUGGCCGCCUCGUGGAGUCUGUCUUCCUUCUGCCUUGCCGCGUCUGGUGGCUACUGGUUGGGGAUCCUGCCUUCAACAGCAGCUGGUUCCAGGAGUGGGAAAAGCUCUAUGAGUUUGUUCACAGUUUUCAGGAUUUGAAGCGCCAGCUGGCUUACCAGGUCUUGGGCCUUUCAGAAGCGGCAACAAACGAAGAAAUACACAGGAGUUACCGAGAGCUAGUGAAGGUUUGGCACCCUGAUCACAACCGGCACCAGAGAGAGGAGGCCCAGAGGCACUUCCUGGAGAUCCAGGCUGCAUAUGAAGUCUUGAGUCAGCCCAAGAAGUCCAGGGGAUUCUGGAGGUGAAAAGCAGAGCUGGUGUUAAAUUCUCAGAUCUUCUUAUCACUUUAAGUCUGAAUAUGAGCCUCAUACCCUGCUCCCAGGGGCAUAUAUCUGCUAGAAUAAUGACACAAGUGUAAAGAUAAAGUCUACCUUGUUGACAGUUUUGAACUAAGUGCUAUAAAUGAUAAAUAAACUAAGCGCUAUAAAUGA